AAAAAGAAGAGAAAAGUAGAUUCAGGUAGAUCUUCCUUCCCUCAUCGACAAGGGAAGGAAUCAUUGGAGAGUCAGUCACACACACCCACAAAACCUGUCUCUAGAGAUUGAGAGAGCAAAGCAAAGCGAAUAGUAGAUCAAUGGCGGGUCUAUCUCUCAAGUGCGGGGACUGUGGAAUCCUCCUGAGAUCGGUGGAAGAAGCUCAAGAGCACGCCGAACUCACCAAGCACUCCGACUUCUCCGAAUCCACUGAGGCCGUCCUCAAUCUCGUCUGCUCCACUUGCGGCAAGCCCUGCCGAUCCAAAACUGAGAGUGAUUUGCACACGAAGAGAACUGGCCAUACUGAGUUUGAGGACAAGACUUUGGAAGUGGCGAAGCCAAUAAGUUUGGAGGUUGAGAAAGAUCGAAAUAUGGAGGAUGCUCAAGGCGAGAGUAGUAGUAGUUGUCAGCCUCAGGAAAUGGUUGUUCCAGAAGUUGACCAGAAGCUGCUUGAGGAACUUGAAGGAAUGGGAUUUCCAAAAGCAAGGGCGAUCAGGGCACUUCAUUACUCCGGUAACACCAGCCUUGAGGCUGCUGUGAAUUGGGUAGUUGAACAUGAGAAUGAUGCAGAUAUAGAUGAGUUGCCGAAGGUACCUGUCAACACCAAAAGUGAGGCUGCUCAGCCUUCCCUCACUCCAGAAGAAAUGAAGAUCAAAGCACAAGAACUAAGGGAGCGAGCUCGCAAGAAGAAAGAAGAGGAAGAGAAGCGUAUGGAAAGGGAGAGAGAGAAGGAGAGGAUUCGGGUGGGUAAGGAACUUCUUGAAGCGAAACGGAUUGAGGAAGACAAUGAAAGAAAACGAUUGAUGGCCUUGCGGAAAGCUGAGAAAGAGGAAGAGAGAAGAGCUAGGGAAAAAAUUCGACAAAAAUUGGAAGAAGACAAGGCAGAAAGAAGACGGAAGCUUGGAUUGCCACCAGAAGAUCCUGAUGCUGCAAAGCCUUCUGCACCUGUUGUGGAGGAAAAGAAGAGCUCAUUGCCAGUCAGGCCUGCCACAAAGGCAGAACAAAUGAGAGAGUGUCUACGAUCUCUCAAGCAGAACCAUAAGGAUGACGAGGCCAAAGUGAAGACGGCAUUUAAUACGCUUUUAACUUAUGUGAAGAAUGUUGCGACAAAUCCCAAUGAGGAGAAAUUCCGUAAAAUUAGACUCACUAAUGCCACCUUUCAGGCUAGAGUUGGUGCACUGAAAGGUGGAAUCGAGUUUCUUGAGCUGUGUGGGUUUGAGAAAAUUGAAGGAGGUGAGUUCUUGUUUCUACCCAGAGACACAGUCAAUAAAGCAGUGCUGAACGAAGCUGGGACCGAGUUGAAUAAUGCGAUAAACAAUCCUUUCUUUGGGGUUCUCUAAUCCCAACUUUUAAGUUGAAAAUGCAUACACCGUAAACAUGAGGUUUGUUUUUCAUAUUUCAUAUAAUUUUUAGUUGAAAUGCAUCCAUCACUGUCAACUUUGUUGUAAUGACUAGGACUGAGGGGUUUGUUUUACUUCAUACAUGGAUGCUAAUUGGUGAGUGUUUUUUUUCCCCCCUUCAAAAUUACUAUAAAGUGUUACCCCACAAUAAAAAUUGUUGGUUGGCCUCUACGUUUAUUA